AUGACUGCAAGUACCUUUCAAGAUAAAUUAAAAGAUUUAAAUUUAACUGGUGAUGAAAUGAAACGCUUUUCGGACGCUUUUCAAAACGCAGAAUUUCGCAAAUUGUUCAUUCAAUACGCCGAAGAACUCAAUGAUCCAAAGAAUCGCGAGCUAUACGAGCAAGAAAUUCGCGCUGCCGAGCAACAACGUGGCUCGGAUGUGACAUUCAUACAUCCGAACGCAGGUCAUGUACUAAAAACAACAAUUGGUGAUAAGACCAAAUGUUUUAUUAACAUUGCAAUGAAUGAACAUGUAGAUAAACCUUCCUAUGCAAAAACCGAUGGGUCGAAUGGAAAAAAAGGUGCACAGUGGAGUUUACCACAUUGUCUAGCUGGUCCACACGAAGAUCUCGAUCAUGAAUCGAAAUCAUGUACUGUUUACGAUGUGAUUUUCUCUCCGGAUACCUAUCGAAUGGGUGAAACAAACGAGAAAUUCAUGAAUAUGAUCGACGAAUCAGCAUUAGACUCAGUCGAAAAGAAUUACAAUUGUAAAUUGGAUCGAAAGAAUGUGAAACGGUUGAAAAUGAAGUUCAAAGGGAUACCAAAAGCAACAAUUCUUAGGAAAAAGCAAGAGAAUUUUGUGGAAGAAACAGAAAAACAAUUAAAAGAUAAAACCGAUGAAAUCAUCGACAAGGCACUAUCUUCUGCUCAAAACCAUAAAGUUAUCCUUUCGAGUCAUAAUCGUUCAACAAAUAACAGUUCUCCUCCAUCAGCCAGUAUCACUCCGCCUGAGACGAACACACCUCGUACAGAUGAAAAUGGUUUUACGAUUCCGACAUAUCGUAUAGUUCAUCGCGGUGAGUUCGACAUGCAAGAUUGCACAAAUUCUCUCGUUCCACAAGUACAUUCAAUGCGUCCGAAAGAAUUACUCGUGGAAAUCGAUCUACCAUUAUGCGCAUCAUCGAGUAAUGUCGAUCUAGAUGUAUGUGAACGUUCACUUAAACUUCACUGUGAUUCACCAAAAUAUUCACUUGAUUUGCCAUUAUCUUAUCCAGUUCGCGAGAGUGAUAGUCAUGCACGUUUUGACAAAAAACAGCGGAAGUUACUCGUUGUAUUAGCUGUUAUCAAAGAAAUUUCGACGAUCAUUGAAAUGCAAACAAAUACUCCUCCAGAAGAGACGAAUGAAGAGACUGCUGAAGUCAACUCACCUAUUCCAACGGCAGAACCUGCAGCAGCGAUUGAGAAACCUGCGAAUGUAGUUUAUACAUCAAUUCCAUUUGAAUACAAACAAGGUUCCGGACAUCUAGCAAUUGUUAUUUACGUGAAAAAUGUUGAUGAAUCAAGUUUCAAACUAGACAAUGAUGGUCAACACGUUAUCAUUCAGUUAUCCUCGUUAGGUUCUGGGUUUUAUCCACUUCAACAUCAACUUUGUCUUGAUUUCGACGAACCAAUGACCUUCGACACAGCCGAAAGUUCUUCGAGCAUAACAUUCAAUAAUGACAAUGUUUUAGUUGUUUUGAAAAAGACUUCCAACAAUAAACAAAUCGAUCAUUUUCAAAGCAGUGUUAAUCGCGACGAUAUGAAGACGCAUUAUUCAACUGUAUCGAAUACACCCGCUCCUGACAAAGCCAACACUUCAUCUACUCAAGCAAUGACCAAGGACGACUUUCUCAUGUCCAGAUCGGACUCGUCUACUUCGUUGAAUGGCGACCAGCAGAAGCAAUUAACAAAGAAACAAGCGAAAAAGAUAGCCAAGCAAAAACGAAAGAAUUCGUUAACUAAAACGGAUAGUAACGAUAAAUUAUCGAAUGAAAUUUCGUCUAUAUCACUUCAAUCAAAUACCGAUGAAGAAAAGGAGGAAGACAAACUUCCUGAAAUGCCUAAAAGUAUUACGCGUCCAACAGUCUAUCGUCGCCAUAUGUCAGAAUCUCAAGUUGAGCUGGGAAUAACAUCAAACGGAGAAUUCAAACUAAAAGGUAUACUGAAAAAUUCAACAAAAUAUCGUUCGUACUCAGCAUCAUUCAGUGAACAUUUUGAUAAUUCGAACAAUGAUAAUCAACACGAAGAACCUGUUUUCGAAGCAUGUUCAACUGUUGAUGAUUUGACUAGUAGUAAUGAAAAUAAUAGUAUUGUAACAUCGCCAGAUAGCGGUGGUAGUAGUAGUUUAUGUACAACACCAAGUUCGUCGCUGAAUGUCAAACAUGUGACAUUCAACAAUCAAGUAUCAAGAAAAACAUUUAAGCCAGGUGGACCUGUUUCAGGUAUGAGAAAAUUAUCGUCGCAUCAACAACGUAAAUUGAAAAAGCGUAAACGGCAAGACUCUCUCAACUCUCAGUCGAGUGAUCCAGAUGAUUCGACAUCGGAGAAAAACAAGUCAGCCAAUCAAUCGAAUGAAUAUAAAAAUCCCGUGGAAUUUCAAGAUGUUAUCGCUCGGCAAGCCAGCGGGAUCGCAUCGUCGAAGAGUGAAGAUGGAAAUGCCUCAACAACUAAAUCAGCUGUUCAAUUUACUAAUCCUCUUAUUUUCGAAUUAGACAAUUAG